AUGUCAAAGAUUAAUAUAUCAAGCAAUCCUCUUGCAUACCAUGCCAAUGUUUAUGAUGAUGAUCUCGAGAAGGGACUUCCUUUGUACACACAACAGGACACAAAUAAAUCACCCAAUUCAGGUUCUUUGAAAGCCAAAGAGAAGAAAGACAUAUUUAUGAAUCAAUUAAGCGAUUUUCCUUCCUUUUUCGAAGAAAGGAAACGUGAAGCUUUACAAUUCCUAAAUGGGGAAUUUCCCGAUAAUGUAUUCCUUAAAGAGAAGUCGCAACGAUUGUUAUCUACAAUUAUUCCCUCUUUGGUGUGUGUCUGUGCAAUAUCUUGCUACUUCCGAACAUAUACUAUUCUAGUCGAUGGCUUUAAAGAUUGGGGCAAUUGGCCCUUGGCUCCUCUAAUAAUUCAUGUUGCGAUAUUCAUAAUAUUUGUAGCUGCUUUUUUUUGCCUUCAUUCAUUUAUUCUCGGAACUGUUAGAGGAUUGCUUUAUGUGGUCAUCUUGAUGGGUUGUGUCCUUCCAUUCCUUUUCAGUGCUAUUGGAAAAAUCAUUGGUAUGGUCGUAGGUACCUUGAUGUACUGUGUAGGUACCAUAAUGUGCGGUGUGGGCUAUGUAUUGUAUUCCACUCUUUUAGCCUGUCUUGGUUUAGAUUUUGUUAGCUCAACAGAUCACACGAGAGCGCCUACGCUUCCCAGCUAUCAGCAAAGAGACAAUGCACUGGCUCCUCCACCGACGGAUAUCUAUCCUACUACGCAAACUUAG